AAUUCCAAAACCUUAAUUCUUUAUUUUUUUUUAAAAAUUUAUAGUAAAAAAUAUCUUUAACAUGCGACAAGCAAUCACGCCGAAUACAUGCCCCCACCUUUAAAACCAAACCAAAGCUAUCCCCGCCGAUUUAUCGGCCAGCUCGCCGGAACCUUCAAAUUCUCUUCCGAUUUUAACCUUUUCUCUCUCUUAAAAUUUCCCACCCAUCCUUUUUCUCUCUAUCAACCCUGUUUCUUUCUCCACAUAGCAAAAAUAAGUGAAAGCCCGAUAGAAUCCAGAGAGAGGAAAAUACGAAGACAUAAAAAUGGGUUAGCUUGUGCGCUUAGCUCCAUCUCUCUCUGAAAUAAAAAAUAAAAACGAAACAAAAAAAAAUAGAAAACCCUAGAUUUUGAGGGACCAGGGUCAUUUGCGUCUUUUCUUGCAAUGAAUCGGCGAUAACAGAAGCGAUUAAUAUCACCGACAAAUAAGAAGAAGAGGAGGAGGAGGAGAAGAGAUAAGAGAAGAUGUAUAGAGGGGAGAGAGCGGCCGGUGGGCCCAAGGGAGAGCUGGGGCCAGUGGAUCGGAAGCGGAUCAACGAGGCGCUUGAUAAACAACUGGAGCGAUCGUCGCCGUCCACUUCAAGAGCGACCAACGGCAAGGAUAAGUCCGCACACUCCCUCCUAAUAGGGAAGCAUCCACCUGAUCAUCAUCGCGACUCUCGCCCCGUUUCUCUACCCAAAGCAAACGCCUCCGAUGAUGAAUCUGAAACAGACAGUGAAGAGUCAGAUGUUAGUGGUUCUGAUGGGGAUGACACAUCUUGGAUCUCAUGGUUUUGUAACCUACGUGGAAAUGAGUUCUUUUGUGAAGUUGAUGAUGACUACAUACAAGAUGAUUUUAACCUUUGUGGGUUAAGCAGCCAAGUUCCUUAUUAUGAUUAUGCACUUGAUUUGAUUUUGGACAUUGAAUCUUCCCACGGAGAUAUGUUUACGGAGGAGCAAAAUGAAUUAGUUGAAUCUGCAGCAGAGAUGCUUUAUGGUCUGAUUCAUGCCCGAUACAUAUUGACAAGCAAAGGAAUGGCUGCUAUGCUAGACAAGUACAAGAACUAUGAUUUUGGAAGAUGCCCUAGAGUUUACUGCUGUGGACAACCUUGUCUUCCAGUUGGUCAAUCAGAUAUCCCUCGGUCAAGCACCGUAAAAAUAUACUGCCCUAGAUGUGAAGAUAUCUACUACCCUCGGUCUAAGUAUCAAGGCAACAUUGAUGGAGCCUAUUUUGGGACCACAUUUCCAAACCUGUUCCUGAUGACGUACGGGCACCUGAAGCCACAAAAAGUAUCUCAAAGCUAUGUUCCAAGAGUAUUUGGGUUCAAAAUCCACAAGCCAUAAUACUGGAAUUUAAAGCUCCCUUUUGGGCAAUAGUUCUCAUGAGUUUGUACUGCCUAGCUUCUAUUUUGGAAGUAAUGCUUCGAAAGAUCAGGUAUAGUUCGGUAGUCUUUCAAGUAAUCAUGUUUUAGGUCCUUUCCUCUAUAUAUGUUCCAAAAGUGACCAUAAAGCAUAUUUGCAACCAUCAAGUAUUAAUUUUCAAUUUAGCAGCCUUCGCUGUGGGCUUCUUCAUCGGAAUUCUUUCUUGGUAGAGUUACUAUUAAAGUGCAUCUUACCUAUACCCUCCGUUGUACUUUAUUGAUUAUUUGAUCAGUCUUUGCUCUGUGUAUUGCCUUGUUCUCACAGUUUAUUAUAUCCUUUAUCAUUUAACGGCCGUCACUUCGUGGAUCAAUUCUCCUAUAUAUUGUAACAAAAUGUUUCUUUCUGUAACAAUUUGCUCGCCUUUCUAGCUCUUACUUUUGUAACACAUUAAAGAUUUUUGCCCUCAUAUUAGUUUUCUCUUAUACGUUGGUGAACUUUUUGUGCU